AUGACAGUGGUGAGCGCUAUGUUCUCUGUGCUUCCGUUGCAGAAUUGCAUGAGACCUUUGUCAAUUUCCUGGAGUUUUCUUGCUCCAGGGCUCACGUUCAACUGGGGUGCACUACUGGGCUGGUCAGCGAUACAAGGAUCGCUCAGCUCUACACCGAUUGCCCUCUACAUAGCUGCCCUUCAGUGGACUCUUCUCUACGAUACAAUUUACGCCCAUCAGGACAAAACAGAUGAUAUAAUGAUAGGCGUAAAGUCUACUGCACUCCGUUUUGGGGAUAAUACUAAGUUGUGGUUAAGCGGCUUUGGUGCCGCUACUGUUGGAGGUCUCUUUCUAACCGGUCAUCUAGCGGAGCAAACAUGGCCGUACUAUGUUGCAUUGGCUGCGACUUCACUGCACUUUGGAUGGCAGAUUGGUACCCUCAAAAUCAACGAUAAAAGCGAUUGUUGGAAGAAGUUCAAAUCUAAUCAAUGGCUUGGCGCCAUUUUAUUUGCUGGGAUCAUUGCAAGCACACUCUUGAAAGAGAAUGAGAGUAUAGAUUUGAAAAGUGACAUUGAUGACAACAACGAAUUUUGA